AUGGACCUGCAUGCUUUAAUAUCACCAAACCUACUACUACUUCUUUUCAUGUUUAGAGCAGUUCCACUCAGUAUACGCAGGGCGUAUUCGAUCCAACCACGAAAGAAACCCUCUUACAGAGAUCUUCUAGCAACACCUGUUCUCAAGUCCAUAUUGCUCACACUUCUUUUCGGGUCGAUGGUGGUGGAAACCACAAGAAACCGCAAGGAAACAGAAGCUUUACGCAGCGCAUAUGAAGCCAAAUUUCGCAUUCUACGGGAAGUGACCUCCAAAAUACGUAACAAGGAGCCUGUGGAUGUGGCACAGGAGCUCAGAAUCGCCAAUGCUAUCACAAGGAACAAAUAUAAUUCGGUAACAGAUGUGGAGUUGGACGAGCAGUUUGAGGAGUUCUUGCAAAUGGCAGAGGAGGUUGAUGAAGAGCCUGAGACUCAUGUACCAGAGACCGUGGCGGAUCAAGAAAGAUUGAAACGAAAGGCAGAGUUCUUGUAG